AUGAGUAGAUCUGACCAGCUAAGCUUAGCUGGUGUUACCGAAGGCGAUGUUGGUCCCAUUGAUCAGUCAGUGAGGUUUGGCGUUUUCUUCAACAAUAGGCCAUUUACCAAUGGAUGUAACUUGAGGUCUUCAAGUGUUGUGAGUCGCCCUAGAGUUGAAAUUGGAGGAGAUGAUCUACGUGUUUUCUAUACUCUGGUGAUGGUUGAUCUGGAUGCGCCAAACCCUAGUAAUCCAACUUUGAAGGAAUACUUACACUGGAUGGUGACAGAUAUCCCAGGAACAACAGAUGCAAGUUUUGGGCGUGAGUUGAUAGGGUAUGAGAGCCCUCGUCCAGUAAUCGGAAUCCAUCGCAUCGUCUUUGCGCUCUUACGACAACGCCAUAGAAGGAAUAUUAUCUCAGCUCCAAAUGCAAGAGAAAACUUCUGCACACAAGCCUUUGCAGAUACUUACGACCUCAGUUUCCCAGUCGCAGCUGCGUACUUCAAUUGCCAGCGAGAGGGUGGCUCUGGUGGCCGAAGAUUCUUCCCUUGA